AUGAAGUUUGGACAUCAUUUGAAAACUUCUCUUUAUUCAGAGUGGACUUUUCACUAUCUUGCUUAUGAUGAACUUAAAAGUGAAUUAAAAAAAAGAACUCGUGACGGUCAAUGGAAUGAACAAGACGAGGAAUCUUUUGUUGAGUUAUUGGAAAAAGAUUUAGAUAAAGUUUACACUUUCCAAAAGGAUAAGUCAAUAGAAAUCAACAGGAGGAUUCAAAAUUGUGAAAAAGAAAUUAACGACAUUAAAGAUUCUGAGACCACAACAGAAGAAAAUUUUGUCACGCUCGAAGAAGAAUUAUCGUUAAUAAUUGCUGACGUUCAUGACCUUGCUAAAUUUUCUCGUUUAAAUUAUACUGGUUUCCUGAAAAUCAUAAAAAAACAUGAUAAACAAACCAAAUGGGUUCUUAAACCUCAAUUUAUGGUGCGAUUAAAUGCCAAACCUUUCUAUAAAGAGGAUUAUGACGCGUUGAUUGUAAAGUUAUCGCGUCUUUAUGAUAUCGUUCGAACUCGUGGUAAUCCCGUUAAAGGGAAUUCAGCUGCUGGGGGACAACAACAAAACUUUGUCCGAAACACAGCAAAGUAUUGGGUUCAUCCUGAUAACAUAACUGAACUUAAACUUCUCAUAUUGAAACAUCUUCCGGUUUUAGUCUUUAAUCCUAAUAAAGAAUUCGAAAAGGCCGAUUCGGCUAUUUCUUCAAUUUAUUUUGAUAAUGAAGAUUUCGAACUUUACCUUGGUCGAUUAGAGAAAACUGAAGGAGCCGAAGCGAUACGUUUAAGAUGGUAUGGUGGAAUGGAUACUCGUGAAAUUUUCGUGGAACGUAAAACACAUCGAGAAGAUUGGACAGGAGAAAAAUCGGUAAAGGAACGUUUCCCCAUGAAAGAAAAAUAUGUGAAUAAAUAUCUUAAAGGGGAAUAUACCCUCGACAAACAAUUAUCCAAGAUGAAAGCCAAGGGAAAAAGUGAAAAAGAAAUUGAAAAUACAAAACGACUGAGCGAAGAAGUUCAAUAUCGUGUUAUCACAAAAAAAUUACAACCUGUUGUUCGAAGUUUUUAUAACCGAACAGCUUUUCAAUUACCUGGUGAUGCUCGUGUUCGUAUUUCACUUGACACGGAAUUAUCUUUGAUUCGUGAAGAUAAUUUUGAAAAAAAUCCCAGAAAUCGGUGCGGUGAUAAUUGGCGAAGAACGGAUAUUGGUAUAGAUUAUCCUUUUUCACAGUUACCAGAAAGGGAUAUUGAAAAGUUCCCUUAUGCUAUAUUGGAAGUUAAGUUACAAACUCAAUAUGGUCAAGAACCACCACAAUGGGCUCAAGAAUUAGUAGAAAACAAAAUUCAACUUUUACCAUUCUGGCUUCCACAAAUGGGUGUCGAUAUUCGUAAACCAUCCAGUAGUUUUCGUCUUCAACGUCCUCCUAGCUCUGGAAACCUACUUGAAGUUUUAGUUGAUAAUCCAAGUUCUGAUACUGAUGAAAACGCGAAUGAAGGAACCCCUUUGACUUUGCGUCAUAGAUCUCAACCUUCAAAUUCAGAUGAAGAUUCAGAUAUCGAUGAAAACGCGGAUGAAAGAACUCCUUUAAUGUCACGUUCCAAUGCAGAUCAAAGUGAAAAUCAAAAUGCAUCAAAUUCUAAUUUUCUUAGAGAAGUCCCAACAACUUACAGGGGUAAACGUAUAGCAUUUCCUGUACGUGUUGAGCCCAAGGUAUAUUUUGCAAAUGAGAGGACUUUCUUAUCUUGGUUAAAUUUUACAGUAAUAUUGGGUGGUUUGGCAGUUGGGUUAUUGAACUUUGGUGAUAGGAUAGCUAUUAUUGCGGCAGGAAUGUUCACCGCGGUUUCAAUGUCCGCAAUGUUAUAUUCACUUAUUAUAUAUUAUUGGCGAGCGCGUAAGAUUAGGAAAAGAGAUUUUGGUCCAUAUGACGAUAGAAUCGGACCUACAUUUUUAUGUAUAGCAUUAUUGAUUGCCACGAUGUUGAAUUUCAGAUUAAAAUUUCGAGAGGAACAACAAUAG